GGCAGCUUGGCCCUUGCUGUGAGGUGAAGCUUGCGGAGUUUCUGUUCACGAGUUUCUUGAGGACCGCUCGUCCAGCGCAAGCAGCUGGAUCGUCACAUUUCGGCCCGUAGGCAUCGGACGGUCGCGGCGAGAGUUGCCUUAAAACUGCCCAACAUGGAGUCUGAUCUUGGGAAGCACCCCACGUCUUGCGACACCUUUGUGGCCCUGCCACCAGCCACGCGCAACGACUGCGUCGUGUUUGGCAAGAACUCCGACCGCCCUGCUGGGGAAGUGCAGGAGGUAGUGUACGUGCCCAAGACGCAUCACGAUGCUUCUGCCAAGCUGCAGUGCACCUACAUCGAGGUUGACCAGGUGUUUGAGACCUGUGCGGUCAUGCUGAGCAAGCCGGCCUGGAUGUGGGGUGCCGAGAUGGGUGCCAACGAGCAUGGUGUCUGUAUUGGAAACGAGGCUGUCUUCACGCAUCUCAACGGACCGGACGACCAAACAGAGCGACUACUCGGCAUGGACCUGGUGAGGCUUGGCCUGGAGAGGGGCAAGACGGCUCGCGAGGCACUGGAUGUGAUUGUAGCACUGCUGGAGAAGUAUGGCCAGGGUGGUCCCUGCUCUGACACGGAUCCUUCGUUCACAUACCACAACAGCUUCCUUAUCGCUGACUGCACUGAGGCAUGGGUGCUUGAGACAGCUGGAAAGCUGUGGGCAGCCGAGAAUAUCAAGACUGGCUGCAGGAACAUCUCCAACUGCCUUUCCAUUGAGACCAAGAUUGACUUGUGUAGUGAAGGGCUGAAGGAGGAAGCCAAGAAGCGGGGCUUCUGGGACGACAGCCGGGGGGACCUAAAUUUUCGUCUAGCAUUCAGCACGGGUGAGGUCGACAGCCGUUACACGUGCGGCAAGCAACUUCUCGAAAAGCUGUCCGCAAACGGUGACUUUGAUGUGAGCUCGAUGACAACAGUGCUGAGAGAUAAGGAUAGCGGGAUCUGUCGGGGCACCGAGCACAAGCGACCGACUGCUGCCAGUCAGGUUUCGGUGCUUGCUCCUGCUUCAAGCAAGAGGCUCUCCUGUCACUGGUUCACGGGCACACCUGACCCAGCACACUCUGUGUUCAAGCCUUUCAUUUUCUGUGACCACGUGCUUCCUUCGCGACACAUCGUCUCGCCUGUGUUCGAGCACGACCCAGCGAAGACCAAGCCGCGGUUCGAGUUCACCGUCGAUCGUCGCCACACCUUGUACCGGCACCAUGAGCAGGCCUUGAAGGCUAUGCAGGCGGGAAGCACCACAGGCAAGGAGCUGCACGCGCUCAUGACAGAUCUAGAGGCCAAGUGCAUCCGCGAGGUAGACAGCUACCUGGACAAUCCCAGAAGCGCUCAAGAGCUCCAGGAGCUCUUCAAGGAUGUCGUGGAGAGCGAGAUCAAGUUCUACAAGUGAACGGCGGCGUCCCCUUGCACGUGGGGCACGCGCACACACCGCCUCAUGCAUUGUUCGGCGAGUCACACCAACUGGCUCGUUCGAUGCCGUUGCUCCUUUUCUUUACCUCGCUGCACUGCCAGUGUUUCUCAACUCAGGGGGCACCCUGUGUGUUCGGACCUGCGUUCAGGUUGCGGGAGCGCUUUUUUUUAUUGAGUUUCGACGAAGCUUUUUGAAUUUUUCACUGGUGUUUAUUGUAGCAGUUAUUAUUAAAUGCCAGCUAACUAGGCAUGACAUCGUAAUGUUUAGUGUGAUACUGCCUUAUACGCUUGCAUUGCAUGGCUGUAGGCUCCGUGUGUGUUGAUCUGAAAGCAGACUUAAAUGAGCCUUUCUUUGAUAGGUAAGGGUAUGCUUGUUUCAUCUUAAUGUUUCGUCGUAUGCUCUUAUUUGUUGAGGCAGUCUUGUGUGUUACACGGAGGUGACUUAUUUGUGCAGUGUUCCUAUCGCAAGACUAUGAUAUAGGGAAUCAAAGCCCUGCAAUGCUUGCCUUUUUUCUAAGUCAUCUUGCUUUUCUUUUUCUCCAUUUUGAAACAAGGGUCUUAGUGCGUAGUAGGCUGUGUUUCUGCAUGCUGUGAUAUAUUGCUUUUGGCGUACUAGUUGUAGCAUAGAAUCAAAGGCAUUUGCUUACGUGUGUUACAUUGAUGCUGCAGUUCGGGCUCGGCAUUUUUUGAGAAUGAUGUCAUGAUUUUGGUACUGGCAACAUGCAAGAUGCAUUGCAUAAAGGCAGAUGGACACAAACCCGUAACCAGUUGAUUCCUAGGUUCCCUUUUGGGGACUUCAUGAGCAACAAGGAACCACGAGCAUUGGUCAUGGUUUCUUGUUGCUGAGGUUGCUGGUGUCGGUAAAACUGCCGCGACCCUAUAAAACUUUCUCGGAAUGCCACAGGUAGUUAGUACCAAAACUCAGCAUCGCUGACUACAGUUGUUAUGGGCAUGAUCAAAUCAAAGAAUUCGCUGAAUGAUCAAGUACCUCCAACUGCAUGCCACGUUUGGUGCGUCAGCAAGGAUCUAUGAUCACGUGGUCAAUGCUUUGGUCAUCGAAACCUCACUAGUAACUGUUUCUUCAAUUUCCAGCUUUAAGGAAUGUUAAAGCUGCUUGCCAUGUAAAAUAAGAAGCAUAUCUUGAGAGGUAGUUAAACUACAAUAAAACUACAAUGAAUGUGAAAUGGCGACAACCUUGAGUGAGUGGAGUUUGCUUACAUAGCAAUAUUUAUUUGCAUGUAUACCUUUGCGAAAGCUUUCAUUUUGUAGUCUGAUUUCUUGCUCUGGUUUGUUGAGAUGGAGACCUGCGGUCAUUGCACUUUGAUUGAGAAGUGUUCGGCCGUGGUUAUGGCAGGUGUUACAAGCUUUUCGCUGCGGCUUCAUGUCGUGCCUGCGUGCACUUGCCUAAAGGUGAAUGAAAUGCUUCCACAUUCAGAUCGUGUCUUCUUGCAGCUGUGCAAGUCAUAAGCAUGCUACAGAGCUCUUGCUUCCUUGAUGUGAUGUGAUGAUGGGCCGUACGCAUAGUUCAUGAUUUGAUACAUUCCACUCGAGGAAGGAUCCAGUCGACUUUGUAUGACAGUGUGAGAGGGUUUCGCUAAGAAUAGCGCCGUGUUGUUCAUUAGCGGGCAACGUGAGUAGGAGUGUACGUGCAGCGUGUUGCAGGAAGAGAGAGUGUGAUGUAGAAAUUGUCUUCAAAUUGUUGACGAGUUACAAGAAAGUAGGUGCGAGGGGAAACUUGAAUUCUCUUAAGUGCCAGCUCAGAAGCAUUGUGGGCUCUCAUUGUCUUUUAUUCAUUUUGGGAAAUGGCUGAAACUAUAAAAUUAUCUUUUACUGUUGGUAGGGCCUCCCCUAUUGCUGCUCAUUAAUCGGCCACCAUUCACAUACUGUGAUAUAGAACUACAAGAACACAGAGGCAGGGCUGCAUAGACGAAUUGAGAAUUGGCACUGGUUCAUCUUAAUUUUACCGUUUGGUAGAUACAGCACCGUGUGUAGGCCUCUAUUGUGAAGUAUGACAACAAGCCAAAGUUGUUACUUUUUUAGUUCCUAAUCUAAAGCCUCUCUCGAGUCCUGGUGAUAAGUGCUUCAAGAACAUCUUCUUGAAUUGUACCCAAAGCCACUUAGUGGUUGGUGGUUUGAAUUCAUAAUUGUUCUCUUAUGCACGUUGCAAGCAUUAUUUUUUUCUUUUUCAGUCAUUGAGGUAUGAACUUCCUGUAGGUAGGCAGUGGUGUGUUUAUAAACUGAGGACUGUGGCAUGUGUGAGCAGCAGAAAUGGUUGUGAAACAACAGGCAUGAUCAAUCCUCAUUAGAUUAGCUCUACAAAUUUUCAAUGCUGCGUUUCAUGCUUUUGUCUCACGAGGAGUGAGUGUGCUUGUAAUUACCUUUUGCUCCUAUAUGACACAUGAUUCAUUCCAAAUCCGUCAUUUCACUUUUUGUUGUUUUUUCUGUCUGCUUGAAACUGCACAUAUUUUAAUGUUGAAUCUUAGAUGGCCAUGCCUGUUAACAAGCCACGAGUUAUCACUCGAGUGAUGGACACUACGAUUGUUCUCGACAAAUGAGCUUACUCAAAAUGUUCGCAAGGUAUAGGGAAUCACAAUGCCUGGCAGAAUGGCGUCUUUUUGCUGUUCGGAUACUUUGCCGGUAUGAAGCUCUGAUCAAAAUAUAUAGAUCAGUCUAAAUGAACAUGUUCGGUCAUUUAAGUAGCUUGGUGAAAGCUUUGCUGCUACUUCACGGCUAGUUGGGCGAGGCCAUGCUGGUCACUGCAAAUGUCAUGUGUUGCUGCCUGCACAAUUCAGAGGCCUGCUUAUUGAGGCUCGUCCAUUACAAUGCAAAUCGCCAGUAAGCAGUGUGAUAGCACUUUCAUGGGCAGAUUGGAACCUUUGUUAUACAUUGAACAGGUUACAGAUGGGAGCUGUUACUUCAUCUUUAUCGUGGUGGCACCGUUCCAGCCCUACGUUUACAUAAUUCUUCACAAAAAAGCGAUAUUCUCUGUAAGGCUGAUUCUUUGAAUACUUUAAAAAACUGGUUCCUGUAUCCCUAUCUGUGCUCAAUUUUUCCAUUUGUGCACCUUUAAAACGAGCACACAUGUGGCAAUCACUUUUAAAUAUUUCUUUAGUUUGCCCUUCUUUGAUGUUUUUUAAGUGACUAGAUUACAAUGUGUAGGCAAGGGUGAUGAUGCGGGGUCAUUUUCAAGUAUAGUUUGCAUGAUAUCAGCUUGAGAGACACACGUCAAUCCAUCUUGUUGCUCUCAGCUGCAUGGAUAUUUUCAUUUGCACAAAUGCAUGUGUAACUUUCUAGUCCUUCCUACUGGGCAACAGGCAUUUCAUGUUCAAGCCAGGCACAAAUUGGCAUUGCCAGAGCUUUGCAUUAUACCUGCACUAGUAAAACUUAAAGCCAUGAAGUAAGCAUUCAUGUCUUCUAGGUAAUGCAGUGGGGUUCGGGGUUUUGUUUUCCUGGGACAGCAGGUGUCAGGUGUUUGCAGCUUUGCUACAUCAGCCUUUUCUGAUGUCAUUAAUAGUGCACAAGACUGCAAGGGACAUUUUUGUUCACUUUUGCCUUAAUGAGAAGGUUACUGUCCAUGGCUCCGCUAGCAACGGUUGUCUUGUUUCUGUGUGCAGCUGGCCCUGGCUGCCAAAUUGUGCCCUGCUUUUUGGUAGCACAACCAUGACCCUGAGCCCAGCUGUGCUAGGCUCUUUUCUUUCUGGCUCUGUGACUGCAGUUCUCUCUACUGAAUACGCCUAUAUUGAUGCACCAUUCAUGUGUGUUAAGCCAAAAAUAAUUCUGAGUGUACUUGGAGCUGUGUAGCGAUAGCUCUACUCCCAUGUUUCGAGGGAUCUUAAACUGCUGCAACCUGCAUUUUGGAAUAUGCUGUGAUGUGAUCUUUUGUAUCAAUGUCAUGCGCAAUGUGAUACAGAACUGAAUACAUGCUUAAGCUGAGCCGUAUCAUCAAAAACACUGCAAGUCAUCCUCUUGUUCUGACAACCUUGUCAAGAAAGUUCGGCAAAUGCAUUAGGCUCACUCUAAGUGUUAUUCGUGGAGCAUAAUGUUAAAUGUGAAAAGCUCAAGCGUGUUUUUGCGCACAUACCAUGGCAUACUGAAGUGUGGCAGUUGUUGGGUAACUACGACACUUAUGGCCAACAAAAGCUUGCAACCUGUUCAGUGAAGUUCGUAUGGUUAUUUUUGAGCUAUAGUUUACUCUUAAUGCCAGUGGUUCCUUUUUUAUUUAUGUUAUCGUGAUGAAUUGGUUGCAGCAAGCAGUGUUUUCUACAAUGAGGUAUUAUAAUGCCUGUGGUAAUUACCUUUUUUAUGAAAUUUGAGUGUGCUUUGAGUUUAGAGCAUUACUAAGUUUGUUGUAUUAAUUCACUAUUAUUUGAAAGUAUUGACAUUAAUAAAAUAUGACAGCUUCA